CCAAACAAAUGCCCCCAGAACAUCAGUUUGUGUUACUCGUUACACAAACCAUACUCUAAUCACGGUUUUCUAAGGACAAAGUUCCCGUUCUGCAUUUUUCUUGGCUGUGUGUAAAACCAGCCACACGCCGUGACAGCCGAGUACCUGCGAUGCCCAAAGAGGGCGCACGGCGGUUCUUCAUCUUGCAAGCGGGAAGCAAGGAGUUAAACCUCUCAAAACACUGCAAACCCCCAGCUGCUUCCGUGUGCAGCAAGGCACGCCAAUAAAGCCAAUAAAGCCUGCUCACUCCCCCAGUAACGCCGUUUUUCUGCUGCUCCUGCACAUACCUACUGUUCCACCCACAAAGUGCUUCGCUGUGAAGCACAGGCAUGGAGCGAGGGGGUAACGGGGGGCAACGCUUGAAGACAAACUGUGAAAUACUUUUUGAGCGAACCCGGAGGGGUGCGAGGUCCCUCCGAGCCAAGAGCCCCCAUGCCACGCGGCGGGGGCAGCCAGGCUCUGCCCGGGCGUGGGAGCUGGCGGGGCGCCCCGCUCCGCCCCGGCUGCUUCCUGCGGGACAAGGAAGCGGGACCGGCGCCAUGGAGCUGCCGCGGGGACCGGCCGCCACCGAGCUGCCACCGAGCCACUACUCGGCCACCCGGGCAGCAGCGCUGGCCGCCUGCUACAUCUGCCACCGGCUGGGGAGCCCCGGGCACGGGCUGGCGCCGAGGACUGUCCGUCGCGCCCACAGGCAGGACAUCGAUGGUGUUGGGCAUAAGUACUAUCUGGAAUUGGUGUUAGAAGACAUCACUGACAAUGACAGGACUGUUAACUGCACUGCUGAGGUUCUUUAUCAUCUGGGCAACAAAAACAUUGCACCAGAUGUGCAAUUCACAACUGAGGGAGAACUUCAGAACACAGAUGAAGCAGAUAACAUAUUCUACAACCGAAUCAAGAGCCUGGAAAAAGAGCUUGUGGCAGAAAACAUACCAGACAGCCACGGCAACGUGUCCCCAGAAAUGCAGCCCAUCCAACUGUUGGCGUGGGUUGCCUCUGGCUUUGUGAUAUGGCAGAACUCAACCGAAAACACCAAGUUCCAACUUGCCCAAAUUAAACACGUGAAGCAAGUGAAAAGAGGUGAUGAGUAUCUUGAAUUUGACUACAAGAUUCUACUCCACGAAAUGGUAUCCCAGGAGAUCAUUCCCUGGCAAAUGACAGUUCUCUGGCACCCACAGCAUGGUGUUCAAGUAACACAGGACAGCCGUCAGCCAAAACAUGCAUCGGAAUGACGGACCACCUGAUACCGCAACGGAAGAAGCUCAAAUGCUGCAAUAAGCAUUUGAAGGGAGGGCAGAUAAAUUGAUAAGGGUGGAUAGACAAUCGAGGUAUGAAGAAAAAAAGUUCUUCCUCAAUUAAAACUUCUCCUGUAUGAUGUGCUUUGAUCUGAUAAUCCAAAAGGCACUUUCUCUGCUAUGUAAUCAAACUCUGCAUCAAAAUACAUUUAAAAAACCUCUGUUACCAGAAAGAAUACUUACGGCACAGGUGCAGAGAUGUUCUCCCUAAAGGCAACUUUUGGCUUUCCCAUGGUGCAAGGGCAACCGUAUUCCCUUUCCAUUCGCUGCAGGAAAAGGAAACCAGAAUGAAAUACAGAGUUGUUCCGCUGGAACAAUACAUUGGAAAUGAUUUUAUUUAUAGAUCUUUCUGAAAAGAGAAACUUAAUCAGGGUUAACCAGUUUUUUUGUUUGGGGUUGGAGCUGAGUUUUGGGGUCUUGGUGGCGGGGUGGCUGGUUUUUUAAAAUGUUAUAAUUACUCAUUCUGCAGUCAACCUUGUUUAGGGCCUAUAGCUUUAGAUACAGGAAAAGGGAGCAGCAUUAAUAAUUUUAUUCAAGCUUAAGUUUUUCAAGACAAAAGCCAUCUUUUCCUCAUUCUGUCAACAUUUCAGAUACAUCUAUUGUGUUAAGACUAAAAUACAGGCAUCAACUUGAAAGAAACAAAUAAAUCACUGUAAGUAACUA